AUGGAAGUGGACAGCGACAAUGACUUGCUUAGCAAGACCGCCGCCGGAGAGCUUCCAUCUUCAGAGGCGUGGCCGGCCUUGCGCGACGAUAUCCUCGUGCGGCUAGACAAGAUCGCACGCAAUGAAUUCCCCAUACCCAAGCUGCCACCUCCCGUGCCGCGCUCUCGCUUCUUGGACACACGACUUCUCUCUUCAUCAUCCUCAUCGCCCGCCGAGCCGUUUUCCGACGACGCCAAUAAAGAGAAUGCGCCCAUAGACGAGCAGCCGCCAUCCGCGGCCGGCACAGAACCAUCCACAUCUGCUCAACAACCACCGUCGCAAUCCCCAUCGCAGGCUCAAGAACCCGGCGUGCUGCCGAAACAGCUAGCAGACAUGGUCGACGAAAUCAAGAACCACAUUGGCAGCUUUAAAUCAUAUCCGCCGCAUACAAUCCAGAGGAUCGCCGAGCUCAUUCUAUACCCGCGCGCACAUUACAAGGCUCUACCGUCCUAUCUUCACGCGUUGGAUAGAGUCGCGGCCGUGACUUCAGGAACAGAUACAUACCCGCUACCGCCUCCGAUUCCAGAUAUGUCCUCGAUUCAGCUCAACGGGGACGAACCCAAUGACCCUGCCAUGGCUGUCUCUUGGGCUAACCCCACAGCAGUGGCAGUUGGUUCAGAUGAAGCCCUUGGAGGGGCACUGCUAACGCCCAUUCCUUGGCUCAUCAGGAGAAGCACGCCACCAGAGACCACCCCUACCGAGCCACCGGCGGCGCAGAUUCAUAGCGAGAGCACUGAGACAAUCGAUGGUCCUAAUGGGGUGGGCAGCAUAGAAACUGUUUCCGUCAGCAUCAACGGUGUGCCAUCCAUGGGGCAUUCUAGGGGUGUCACCCAAGGCGAGCUGCUUAGGCAAGAGCAGAGGGCCGGUAUCGUCCCAGUCAGCCAACUCACCAAGUCUCACGACAUGAUGGUCGAGGGUGGGCGUGGGGGUUCAGCUUCAGAUGACCAUCCCAUGGAUGAUGAAGAAGAGGAGGAAGAUGAGGAAGCUCCGCACGCGAGAGGGCCGGAUGAAAUCGGUGUUGGUGAUACGGGCCCUCAAUCCGAGACGACAAGUGUCAUGGGCGAGGAUGGUGUCGAGAUGCAGGGCAUCGACCUCGAAGCCGCCGUUGGCCGGAAACACGUCGACGAAAAAGACGAAUCGUCCACGGCAGAGCCCCAAGACGAAGCCAGCAAGCCCUCCUCGGAGCGGGCGAAGAGUCCCGGCGCUGAGAGUGUUAGCUCAAAGCGCGAAGCAGAAGACGAUCUUGAGGAAGAUGUCGUGGCGAAGAAGGUCAAGGAGGAGCCCAGCGGCGAUGGCGAUACCAGCAUGACAUCCGAUUCUGAAGAACAGAAAGGGGGGGAUGAGAGCAAGGACGACACUACAGAUAAGGAUAAUGUCAAGAUGGAGGCUUAA